AUGUGGAAGAGUCGUGGCGAUACCACGGAAGUGCUGGGGACAGACGAAACCUUAUAUCGCUCCAUGAACCUAAGCUUGGAAGAUCUCGAAAGAUCCAAUCCAGUCGCAGCCAAAAUUCUAGCCCUUUUUAGUUUCCUCGAUCAUCAUGAUCUCUGGUACGAGCUUUGCCUCAACGCAGUUGAUGAUACAUUCCCCCGGUGGCUACAGGACCUAGCCAGGAACAAGACACCUUUCAGAUACCACUAUCCUCUCCUAGCCGAUCUCUCAUUCAUUGAGCCGAAAAUUUCCCUAAGCGGCAGCCGCGCAUGGGAAACACACCCAGCCAUCCAGGCAGUGGUCAGACAGAGAGUACAGGCCAAGGAAUCGGAAUACAUCAGGUCUGCGAUAUCACUUGUGGCAGCUCAAGUUCCGCUGUCAUCAACGGUUUAUUCUUGGGUGACAAUACGGCGGCUUUUACCGCAUGCUCAGAUAUGUUGGAGUUACAUCAAAGCAGGGAAAUGGGGUCCCAGCACGGAUCUUACUGAACUGGAAAGUCUAGCCCGUGUAUUUCGACAGACGGGGCAUUAUGAGGAAGCCUCGAUUAUCUACCGGAUGAUUGCGCGUGGGCUUGAUAACCGCUCUCACUCCCCAGAGAACCGUGAAUUCCUCGCCGAUGUACUGGCAAAUCUCGGCCUAGUUUAUACGCAUCAACGCAAGUUUGAAUAUGCCCUCAGGUCCUUUGCGAGGUCAACCGGUAUCAUGAGUGAGCUUGGGACUCUGACAGCCCAUGCAUCGACAUCGAUUAAGUACAACAAAGCAGUGGUUUUCAUGAUGACCGAUCGCCUGGACGAGGCGGAGACAUUAUUACGAGAGGCAGCAGAACAUUCCUCACAAGAUACAACAAACGGACACACAGUAAUUGAAAACGAGCAGAAAUCCUUAUACCUUCGAAUAUUGAACGAUAUGGGAGAAGUCAUGCUACGAAAAGGCUCUGUGUCAGAGGCAUACCAAGUCUUUCAGUAUGUAAACUAUGGUCUCGGAGACUCCAGUAGGCAGGGUGACCCUCAACCCGCCCAGGUUUCCCUCAAACUGAACAUGGGCAGAGCUCUGACCAAGCUUGGAGAUUUCUCCAAGGCUAGAGAUUUGCUUAUGGAAGCAAUUUCAAUUUACACACAGUGGUGGGGCAGACGACACCCAGAAACCAUGCGAGUGGUUGACGAGUUGGCCUGGACUCUGAUGGAAGAGUGCAAAGACACUCACGCAAAAGGAGGUGAUAUUGAUUCAGAGGUGCGAAGUGCAGGGGAGCUUUGGAAGGAAGCUUUGGAUUUUUAUCAGCGCAUUGGUGGAGUUGCGUCAGACACGGUAGCCAGGAUUGAAGCGAAUCUGACCCAACUGUCAUCCUACGUGACGGUUGAUGCUUUCAACCCUAUGGCUCGGGUGGAAAGCAUCGACCCUGCUUCGGCACAAAGGUUUCCCGAGGGGAUCAACGACAGAAAGGAAGACAGCUACCGGAGAGAUCCCUAG